AUAAAAUCAAAAUUAUAUUAUGAAUAGAAAAGAUAACUCUGAAUCAGAUAGCUAUUCAAUGGAAUCAAUUAAAUUAGAAUAAUUAGAUGAAUUAAACGAAAUCAAUUAUAAUGAUGAUAACUUAGAUGACUUAGACAAAAUUAUUGCAGAUAUCUAAAGUAUUAAAAAAUAUAAUUUUAGAAAUUGAACUUAAACAAUAAAUUCCUUUAUUAGAAUAAAGUAAUGUUAAAAGAGGGGAGAGUUUAGACAAAUUUAUAUGCAAUUUCUUUGUUAAAUAUUAAUUGCAUAGAAGUUUAGAAAUAUUUUAAGUAAAAUUAUAAAAAAUAAAAGGAAGAAUGGACAGAAUUAACAAAGUCAGUAAUGUUUCAUAUUAACAGUAUUAAUUCAAUACCAGAUAUAUAUAUAUAAGUUGAAAAAUUAAAGGAUGAACUUUUAUUAUUGAAAGGCGAAUUAGAAAGAUCAAAUUUGGUUGCUGAAAAAGCUUAAGAAACAUUACAAAAAUUAAAGCAAUAACGAGAUUUUCAUAAACUCAAUUUUUACAAAACUUAAUAAGAAAAGAAAUAAUUAUAAAUUGAAUAUGAUAAAAUUAAAUAAUAAAUGAACUUCCAAGAGGAAAAGUUAUAGAAAUCAAAUAUUAGAAUAAUGGAUAAAAAAGAAUACAUAUAAGAAGAAUCAGUUUUGAAUAGGAAACGCUCAUAAUUAAAAAAUACCUUUUCAUCAAAUACAAAUUAAGGUUAAGAAGAAAUAAAAAAUUAUAAAGACAUACAGACAUUGUUGGAAAAAUUGCCUUAAGUUAAGAAAUCUUCUGGAUAGACUUUGUUGUUCAAGCCAAAAAUAAAUAAAUGA